AUGUGGCGAGAGCUAUUCUUGCGCGUUGUUAACGGGUUGUCAGCACGUUGCCUAGACUUCCAACAGUGUUGGGACGCCACCGACAAGCCCGGAUUGUCGCGACUGCAGAAGUGCACGACUGCAAUUAGGCAGUUGUCCUACGGGGGAGCGGCCGACUUGUUCGACGAGUAUCUUCACGUCGACGACAUGACUGGUCGCGAGUGUCUGAAGAAGUUUUAUAAAGGCGUGAUCCAGACUUCUGGCCCGACCUAUCUGCGGAAGCCGACUGCACAAGAGUGUUUGUUCCUGCUUGAUUUGCACGAGAGGGUGCAUGACUUUUCGGGGAUGCUGGUAAGCACUCUCUCUAGAUUGUAUGAAUUGGGAGAGGAAGAACUAUCCGAUUGCUUGGAGAUGCCAGUUUACAACCGGGUUCAAAGGCACAUACCCAACUAUCAUUCGAUGUGGAUUUGGCAUGCGUAA